AUGAUGAAGGGAGGAGGAGAAGAAGAAGACGAGACGGUCCCACUUCCCGGUUUUCGUUUUCACCCGACAGACGAAGAGCUUGUAGGGUUUUACCUUCGGCGAAAAGUCGAAAAGAAGCCUAUUGGUAUUGAGCUCAUCAAGCAGGCUGAUAUCUACAAAUAUGAUCCAUGGGAUCUUCCAAAAUCGACAAAUUUAGGGGAGAAAGACAAAGAGUGGUACUUCUUCUGUAAAAGAGGUAGAAAGUACAAGAACAGCGUGAGGCCCAACAGAGUAACGGGCUCGGGCUUCUGGAAGGCGACCGGCAUCGACAGGCCCAUAUAUUCCGGCCCAGACUGCAUAGGCCUCAAGAAGUCCCUCGUCUACUACCGUGGUAGCGCCGGGAAAGGCACCAAGACCGAGUGGAUGAUGCACGAGUUUCGACUGCCGGCCGAUGCCACACCCACCACUUCUGCUCAAGAAGCUGAAGUUUGGACGUUGUGCCGAAUACUAAAGCGCAAUGCACCAUACAGAAAGUACGUAUCCGACUUGAGGCUUGCCGUGAAGAAAAUUAACAGCAUAAAUAACAAUCAGUUAUUAGUCGACGCAAGUUCAUCAGAAACGUGCAGCAUCGACUCCACUGACCAAAACGGAAAAAGCAGCUACAUCAGCUUCAGCUCGCCAAUGACUGUCAGACAAAAUGCGGAUCAACAUAAAAGCCUUUUUCCGGGCCAAAAUACUGCGAACGUUCAACAUGAGUUGUUUCCGGGCCAAUAUUUGAGCACGGCGUCUCAAGCUCCAUUAAUGGCUGCUUCGUCUUUUUCGAGCUAUAACAUGUCCAGUGACAUUAACGAGUUGCUAAGCCAUGCAGAUAAUUGGGAGGAUCUUCAGUCUGUGGUCAACUGUUCUAAUGCUACAAAUACAAUGUAUAUGUGA